CUGCCCCAAGACAGUGCAUUGAACUUUACUUUGAUGAAAAGUACUCUAUUGAACCGUCUUGGGAGUGCAAAUUUGAUCAUAUUGAAGUUCGAGAUGGACCUUUUGGAUUUUCUCCAAUAAUUGGACGUUUUUGUGGACAACAAAAUCCACCUGUAAUAAAAUCCAGUGGCAGAUUUCUGUGGAUUAAGUUUUUUGCUGAUGGCGAGUUGGAAUCUAUGGGAUUCUCAGCUCGGUACAAUUUCACACCUG